GGUCCUCCCGGAGCUCUUCCGGGUGUUGCCGGCAGAGGGCGACGGCGGAGGAGCCACGGGCGGACUCGCACAGUCUGACUGCACGGCUUGUCCCAGUCGCCACAGCCGCCGCCAUGAAGGCCGUGGUGCAGCGCGUCACCCGGGCUAGCGUCACAGUCGGAGGAGAGCAGAUCAGUGCCAUUGGUCGGGGCAUCUGUGUGCUGCUGGGCAUCUCCGUGGAAGAUUCCCAGAAGGAACUGGAACACAUGGUGAGAAAGAUUUUAAAUCUGCGUGUGUUUGAGGACGAGAGCGGGAAGCACUGGUCCAAGAGCGUGAUGGAUAAGCAGUACGAGGUGCUGUGUGUCAGCCAGUUCACCCUCCAGUGCGUCCUCAAGGGAAACAAGCCCGACUUCCACCUGGCGAUGCCCACAGAGCAGGCUGAGAGCUUCUACAACAGCUUCUUGGAGCAGCUUCGCAAGAACUACAGGCCGGAGCUCAUCAGAGACGGCAAGUUUGGUGCCUGUAUGCAGGUGCACAUUCAGAACGACGGGCCGGUGACCAUCGAGCUGGAGUCCCCUGUUCCUGGCGCUGCUAGCUCUGAUGCAAAGCAGGUAAGCCCGAAGUGUGGAGCCCGCACCGUCUCGUGGGUGCGCGUAAUGUGCCAGUCUCUGGAGCAGUCCUCAUCUUGA